AUUUGUUCCUCAAUGGAUAGGUGCAAGCAAGUGAGUGAAAAUCUGGUAAACCUGGGGGAGUUUGGAUUAGUUUGUGAGAAGAAACUGGAAUAAGCUGGGGGAUGAAAUGGAAAAGAUCCUCAAGGAGGAACUUGGAACCAAGACCCUGAAGCCCACAGGACAGGGUGGAGGCGGAUGCAUCAACGAAGGUGAAGCCUAUCACACGGACCAGGGGCUUGUUUUUGUCAAGCGAAAUGCCAAGUCGGAGGCCCUUCGGAUGUUCGAGGGAGAAUAUGAGAGUCUGAAGGCCAUGGAAGCAACGCAUACGAUUCGAGUCCCUCACCCCAUCAAGGCCAUCAAGAACCCCAAAGGUGGAGCCGUCUUGGUCAUGGAGUAUCUCGACAUGAACGGCGGAUCGCAUCAUUCCUCGGAACUG